AUGUUUGCUGUUUAAAUAGAACAGAAUAAUUUUUUGAAAAAUCCUUACUACAAUAUUACACUAGAAUAAAAGACUUACACUCUUCUAUCAAAUGGAACAAGAAUUACACAGUCAUUACCUAUAGACAUGGAACCUUGCACUUAGAAUCAUUGGAGUAUGAUAUAAAAAGAUAAACUAAACGAUACUUUUAAUGCUUUAAAUUUAAAUGAUUACUUAUGUACAAAAAAAAAUUAAAUUAUUUACAUUGGAGGAUAGUAUGAAAGCCCUGUUUAUUAAUUCUUAAAGUACUCUGUAAGUAAAUGCAUAAAUGUCACUUAAUCAUAAUUCUACUCAUGGAAACCUGUUUGCUAGUCUUAUUCAGAUGCUUAAUAAUUUGCUUAGUAUUAAACUGUGAGAAUCUAGUUUUAAAUAUCUAACUAUAUUUUUAAUCCGAUAUAGCCUUAAAAUCUAGUAGAAAGCAUUAUUUCCAGUGAUCUAUUUUUCUAAAUAUAGCCUGAAGCAAUGUACAUAACAGCUGAUAUUUUUUUCACUUAAUAUAAUAUAAAAACUGAUAAUUCUUUGUUUUUUACCAAAGACAUUGAAGAAUAAGAUUAUGCAGUUCAAUAAUAUGGAGAUUUUAGACCUCAAUACACUUAAUAUAGUAAAGAUAAUACUAAGCCUUAUGGAAAUUUCUACUUUAACAGAAGUAGAUUUACUAAUUAUUAUCAUAGGUAAUAUGUUAAGCUGUCAGAUGUGCUAUCUUAAUUGGGUGGAUUCAUUAAUGCUAUGAUUGCGAUAGCUGCUAUUGUAGUCGGAUUUUAUAAUCGAAGUAUCUACGUCCUAGAGUUAGCCAAUAAAUUGUAUGAUUUUGAAACUCAAGAGUACGAUCAAACAAAUAAUACAAAUUACAAGCAUUUGUAAUAGUAAAAUUUUGAAAAAAAUAAUUAGCUAAAAUGUGUAGAUAUAAGUAGCUCAUAAGCAAAUUAACAGAUAACUAAAUCUUAUUUUGAGAAAACUUCCCAUUAAAUAUAAGAAAAUCAUGAUAUUCAAGAGGGUAAAUACUUUUCAACACCUUUUUAAGUGGAAAAUGUUGAAAUCAAUAAUAAGUUAGAGCUUCGAUAAUUAUAAAAUUAAAACUUAUCUUUACAGGAUUUUCAUUAUGCUAAUAUGAAAUUACAUAAUUUAGUAUAUCAUGAUAAAUAUUUUAGCUCAACUGAUCGCAUCUACCCUGUAGAUGAAAAAUAAAAAUCAAUUAAUUUUGAAGCUUUAUGUUCAAAAAAAAACUUGAAGAAAAGCAAUUUAAUAAAAGAAGAAGCUUAAUCUAAUUUUUCAGAAAAUCAUAAUCUAAAUAUUUGCAAUUUAUCUGUAAAUCAGUAAAAUUAACAAAAAUAGAAUAGUAAUUCAUAAAUUAAAGAUGCAAAGUAGCAAUUUGCAGGUUAAUUAAUCAAAUUACCUGCUAAAAUUGAGUAGGAAAUAGAGUUAUAAAAUACAACUUAAAAGCAUAGCAAUAAUUUAAAUGAUAAAAAAGAUUUAACCUGGUCAAAUCUAAGCUAAAAAAUACUUCUAAAAAAUUUGAAUUAAUAAAAUUGGAAUGGCCCUAAUUUAGAACCUAAAACUUAAUAAAAUUUAAAUCUAUAAAUAGAUUAAAUUUAAAAUUAAAACAUAUUAUAAAAAUUAAAACAACAAAUAGAAUAAAAUAAAUAUAAUAAUGAUAAUGAAAAAAAUAAAAUUUAUAAUUAUGAAUUUUAUUUUAACAAUCCAUUAGUUCAAAAUUAUUAAAAUUAAAUAAUAAAAUUUGAUGAUAAAAAUAUUAUUUUAAAAAGUAAAGUUGAAGAAAAUCAUAAUUAUAAUCAAAUAACACAUAGUUAGAUAUAAAAAAUUUACUAAGAUGAAUAAUAGCAAAUUGAUUACAAAGAAAGCAUGAUAAAUGAUGAAUAAUUUAUGAAUUAAAAUGCAGAUAUUAUAUUAAGCGAUACAGUUGAGGAAAAUGAAAAUGUACAGCAUGUUUAUGUGAGAUAAACAUAAUUACCUAAGAGCAUAUAAGGUAUUUCUAGAAGGAAAACAAUUGAAAACGAUAAUAAUUCUUUCGAGUGCUCAAAGAUAUAAUAAAGAUAGACAAAUUGUUUUGAUGAAACUUUUGAUCAAGUAAAUUCGAACUAAGAAAUAAUGAACUAACAAUUUCUAUCUGACACUUAAUUUUUAUAUCCUUCUCCACAAAAUAUUAAAUCAACUUCUAAACUAAAUUAACAUUUUGGUGAUUAAUUAAAUAAUGGUAAUUUUUAAAAUGAUAAUUAUGCAUCGACUAUUUAAAAUGCUAAACAAUAAGUAGCUAAUUUAGAAUAAGGAUCUAACUUUUUUAAUCUUGCAGUAUAAAAUCCUUAUUCAGAAGAUAUUCUAGCAUUAUAUCAAAAGUAAACUUAAGUUGUUAGCAAAUUAGAAAAUCAAAGUAAUAAAAGUUAUUUGAUUAAUGAUAAUUAAUCAUCAAUUAACGAGUCUGAUAAACAUCAAACAGUUAACGUAGACUAAGAGUCUAAUUUUUUUAAUUUUGCUGCUGAAAAUCCUUUUUCAGAUAAUAAUUUAGUAUUAUAUCGUUAAUAAAGUGAAGAUGUCAGCUAAUUAGAUAACUAUAAUAGCAGCAACAUUGAAAACACUAAAUAUGAUAUAUAAAAAAAAUAAUCUGUGUAAGUGAAUCAAUAAAAUGAAUAAAAUUAAAUUAGAGAAACAUAAAUUUCUCAAAUCAAUCAAGAAAACCAUAGCAAAAUAUAAGAACCGUUUUUAAAAAAAAGAGUUUCUAGCAUUUUUAAAACUUAAUUUUUUUAAAAAUCUUAAUAGUUUAUGAAUGUGCAAAACGAAGCUUGUAAUGAAAGCAAUUAAAUUAUUAAUUCUUAAUCUAAUAUUAGUUCUUAAAGAUAAUAUAUAGGUGAAGAUUUAUGUAAAAUAGCUAGAUCAACCUAAAAAAAAACUAAGACAAUUUAAUAAGAACUUUUAAAAAUGAAUUCUCGUCGUUAAAAGAUUUCUUAUUCAUUUAAAUAUAUUCUUUAUAAAUUAUCAUGUUAAAAGCUAUUUAAGACAAAGCAAAAUUAAAUGGUUGAUAAAGCUUAAAACUUAAUUGCAAAUAAUCUUGAUAUCAUAAAAAUACUUGAUAAAAUACAAGAAAUAGAUCGUAUAAAGUGUAUCCUACUCGAUUCUGAGCAGAGAAUAUUAUUUAAUUACUUCCCAAAGCCAUUAAUCAAAAUCAUAAAUGAUAAUAAAAUAAAAAUCCUAGAUUCUCAAACAGAAAAUAUUCACUAAAAAUAUGCAUAAGAUUUAAAUACUAAUGUGAAUGUUAUUAAAACUCUUGUAAAAGCAAAAAAUAUACUUAAAAAAAAAGUAAAUGACAGAAAUCAGCAACAAAUAAAAUCAAUGAUGAAUUAAUCAUUGAUGGAAAAUGAACUAAAUAAUUUUGAUAGAACAUAUGGAGUUAGUGAAUAUGAAUAAAUAUACAAAGCUUACAGAAAAAUAUCCUCCAAGCCUAACAAAACACAUACUGACAAUGUUUUAAUCUAAUUGAUGGGACAAGAACUGCAAAACAUAUUUUAAAAAUUAGAUGAAUAAAAGUCAAUAAAGAAAAAAUAAUUACUUUCUCAUAGUGUUUCUAAAAGUAUUGCUAAUUAAUAGUAGUAAAAGAAAAAGCCAAUUUAACAGUCCUAAAAUGAGUAAGAAUCAACAAAUAAGCUACUAGAAAAAACAAAUCAAAUUUAAAAGCGUUCCUUUUGGGGAAGGAGAGUAAAAACAAAUUUGGAAAAUGAAAGAUUGCUUAAGAAAAAUAUAAUGAUGAUCUUUGACUAAUUAAAUAACUGUGAUAUUUUUGGUAAGCAGGUUAUUUUAAAUUAUAAGAAUAAUGGGUCUAUCCAUUAAGUUACGCUUCUUUAGUCUGAAUCAUUCAGUAAUAACCCAUCAUUGCUUUAAUUGAGUACAAACGAUUUUAUGUUUGCUGUAUAAAUUUAGCAGCCUAAUUUCUUGAAAAAUCCUUACUACAAUAUUACUUUAGAAUAAAAGACUUACACCCUUUUACAGAAUGGAACAAGACUUACAUAAUCAAUUCCUUUAGAUAUGGAGCCUUGCACUAAAAGCCAUUGGUAAAUGAUAGGUAAAGACAGACUAAAUAGUACUUAUGAUACUUUAGGUCUUAGUGAUUAUUUGUGUGCAAAAAAAAAUUAAACAGUUUAUAUUGGUGGGUAAUACGAAAGCCCUAUUUAUCAAUUUUUAAAGUUUUCAGUUACUAAAUGUAUAAAUGUAACUAAUCCAUAGUUUUACUCAUGGAAUCCUGUUUGCUAAUCAUAUGCAAGUGCUUAAUAAUUUGCCUAAACCACAGUUAGAGUAUAAUUCUAAAUGACUAACUAUAUUUUUAAUCCAGUAGAACCACAGAAUUUGGUUGAAAGCAUAAUUUCUAAUGAUCUAUUUUUCUAAAUACAACCAGAAGCAACCUACGUGACAGCAGACAUUUACUUCACACAAUAUAAUAUCUAAACUGAUAAUUCUUUGUUGUUUACCAAAGAUAUUUAAUAAUAACUCUACUCGGUUCAGCAAUAUGGAGAUUAUAGACCUCAAUAUACAUAAUCUGCUAAGGGAUCUACUAAACCAUAUGCUACUUUCUACUUUAAUAGAAGUAGGUUUAUAUAGUAUUACUAUAGAUCUUAUAUGAAGUUAUAAGAUAUGUUAUCUUAAUUAGGAGGUUUUGUUAACUCUAUGAUUGCUAUGGCUGCUAUAAUAGUGGGAUUUUAUAAUAGAAGCUACUAUGUCAUAGAGCUAGCAAAUAAAUUAUAUGAUUAUGACAUUUCAGAAGAUUAAUAAAAAAAUGAAACAAAUUAAAUAAAGUAAAAUUUGGAAAAUAAUUCAUAAAUAUAUAACAGAGAUGGAGGAAACUAAGAAUAAAUCGAAUAGAUGGCCACUAAGUUUGAAACCAAAUAAAUAUCUCUUCAAGUUAAGUAAAAGUAAGAUUAGUGUAUUAUUCAAGAGGAUAAAAAUCGCAUAUCUCCUAAUCCUUAUAUUUAAAACGAAUAAACAGAAAAUUCUAAGGAUAAUAAAACCUAACAUAGCUUAAGUGAAUAAAUUUAAAUUUAAUCAAAUUAGUAAAGUCCUAAUGGUUAUAAAAUAAUUUAUAAUUCCUUAAAUUAAGCUAAAUAAUUAGAUUCACAGCAAAAUUACUUUUCUACUGAUGAAAAAUAAAUUCAUAUUGAAAUGCUUUCUUCAAAUAGGCAGUAAUCAGAAAAUAAUAAAUUACUUAAUGAUGAGACUUAUUAGAAUCAUGCAUAAAAUUAAAACAACUCUGACUUAAAUCACCAAACUUAAUACUUUGAUUUUAAUUUAAAGAGAGUAUAAUAAUAGCAAAAUAUUUAAUUAUAGCUUCCUCAUAUUACAGAAUAAGAAAAUGAAUAAUAGAGCUCAGUUUAAAAGUUAGAAAUACUUUCAAGAGGAAAGAAAGACAUCAGUUAAUAAAGUCUGAAUGAAAAAGUUUAUCAAAAAAGUUAAAAAAAUUAUGAUUAACAAAAUUUAAAUUUGUCAUUCAAACCAAAGGAAAAAGGCUUAGAUAAAAAAAUUGAUGAGUAAUUCUAAGAUGAAAUAAAAGAAGGUUUAAAUUAAAACCCUGAUACCUGCAUUGCAACAAUUAUCAAAGUAGAAAUAAAUGAUUCCUAAGUAAAUUAAUAAUAAAACGUAAAAAAUUAACAGCUUGAAUAAAAAUUACCUAUGUAAUAGCAAAUUUAUGAGGAUUAAGACGUGAUGAAUAAGUAAAUAAUCCCAUCUAAAUCUCUUCCAUUAAUAAAUUAAAAGAUAGAAUUUAUCAAAAAUAAAGUUGAAGAUGCCUAUUAAAAUGAUGAAAUAGUUAAUAACAAAGAAUAAAACUCUAACUGUUUUUAGGAUAAAUAAAAAUGUGACUAAAAUGAUGAAAAAAAAGCAUAUGAUAAUGAUGAAAGCUCUCUCAAAUAAAGUUUAGAUUUGGUUUUGAGUGAUGUAAAUGAAGAAAAUACUAAUCUAUAACUAAAUUAAGUUAGAUAAAGUUAGUAAAUAAAGAGUAUGCUAGCAGUUUGCAAGAGUAUAACAAAUAGCUAUGAGCCAGAUUAAUAAAAAUAGAAAAAAUAUUAAAAUUAAGCAAAACAAAAAAAUCUUUCUUUAUUAUAAUGUAUAGAUGAAGAGUAAAUAGAAAAUAAUCGGAAUAUCUAUUAUUAGAAUUAGCAAUUUCCACCUGAUAAUUAAGUUUUUUACACUUCUCCAUAAAAUUUUACAUCUGAUGCUAGAUUAAAUCAAUUUUUUGAUGACUAAAAUCUUAAUAACAGUAACAAAAAUGACAAUUAAUUCACUAGUUAUGAAAUAAAAAAUAAUAAUUAAGAGAAAGAGGCAAAUUUCAGCGAUCUCCUUUGUAAUCCUUUUAAUGAAGAAAAUGAUGAAAAUUCUAAAAAGCCAGAAGAAAUAAGUAUAUAAUCUAACAAUUAAACAUAAUUUACUAACUUUGAUAUAAAGGAUCAUUUUAAUCAGCAUACGACAUAAUAAAAUGAUAAUGUGUCUAUUUAUCAAAGUAAAAAAGCUCAAUUUUCUCAAAACAUUGAAGAUUCUCAAACUAAAAACUAAGAAUUUAAUUCUAAUAGAUCAAAAAAUGUCUCUUUAUUUAAAAAAGCUUCUUUAAAGUAAACUCCUUCAUAAAUUCAAAAAAUUUAAAAUUAAAUUAAUCGUCAAUCAAAUCAUUCAACUGCUUCUCCAAGCAAUAAUCAUACUGAUAGUAACAUAGGAGUUGAUAGUCAAAACAAAAUAAUAAACUAAACUGAUUAAAAAAAAAGUUUAAUCUAACAAGAGCUUCUAAAAAUGAAUUCACGUCGUUAAAAAAUCUCCUUCUCAUUUAAAUAUAUUGUUUAUAAGCUAUCUUGCUAAAAAUUAUUCAAGACUAAGUAGAAUUAAAUGGUAGAUAAAGCUUAAGAUCUAAUAGCAAAUAAUCUUGAUAUUAUUAAAAUUCUUGAUAAAAUUCAGGAAAUAGAUCGUAUUAAAUGCUUACUCCUGGAUUAUGAGUAGAGAAUUUUAUUCAGCUACUUCCCAAAGCCUCUAGUUCAAAUUAAAAACAACGAUUAAAUCAAAAUUGUAGACACUCACGUUGAAAAUGUCCACAAAUAAUAUGCUCAAAACCUUCACACAGAAGUGAAUGUGAUUAAAACAUUAGUGAAAGCGAAAAACAAACUUAAAAAAAAAGUAGAUGAUAAAAACCAUAGUGAGAUUAAAACAAUAAUAGAUUAGUCAGCUAUGGAAAAUAUUGUUAAUAAUUUUGAUAGAACUUAUGGCAUUAAUGAAUAUGAAUAAAUUUACAAAGCUUACAGAAAAGUGUCCAGCAAGCCUAAUAAAACCCACACUGAUAAUAUAUUGAUCGAAUUGAUGGGCUAAGAACUACAAAAUAUAUUUACACAGUUAGAUGGGUAAAAGGCUCCAAAAAAGAAGAAAUUUAUUUUAAAUAUUGGUUAAAAAACAACAAGCUCAAACUAAGCAAUAAGCACACCUAAAUAAUAGAAAUCUAGUUAAUAUUUUCAAGUUUAAAAUGACAAAGAAUAAAAAAACAAAUAAGUAGAAGAAAAAAUUAGCUCAUCUUAAAAACGUAGUUUUUGGGGUAGAAAUGUUACAGCUAAUAGUUGA